UCCUCGACUGAUUUAGUACUCUCGUAUAAUUCACAUCCCUAUAAUUUUGCCAGGUCCAUAGCAUUAGCAAGACAGCCUGGCAACACUGCAGACAUGGCAUUAGCUGUUGUGCACUCGAUCUCCUCCCGUUCGUAAGAGCAAAAUAACUGUUUGGCCAAUUUCCAGCUAAAUAUUUCUUUAGAAAGCUUAAUCGGGUACCCGGGUUCCGUGGCCUGACUCCACCAGAGCAUGGAUGUCCGAACAGAUGAGUCGUUUCAGCUUGGUUAUGCGGAAGGUAAUGAAGUUGACAGUAUAUUGUCAACGGAACACACAUCAGGUGAACACAUUGUGUCUUUACAAUUACCCAAUGGGGAUGUCUGUCCCGUGGUGAUGGGCAGUGGAAUAGUGUCCCAACCGGUUGUUCACAGCAGUACAGCAAGCUUAUCAGAGAUGGAUGUAAAAAUUGCUCCCGAAACACUCGAGCACCUUCGACCCGGCAGAGCUGUCAUGUACCGAUUUGAGGAGCGCGGAGAGAUCUGGCUCCUUCAAUCGCAUUCGGCGGAUCCUACAGUAUUACAGGUGCAGGCGCUGGACACAGGCCAAUGUCAAUACCAGCAGCAUCAUGUACAGCAUAUCGAGCUUGCACCAACACCUAUGGCAGGCCUUCAAACCAUAGAAGUGGGCGGCACCAUGUCAAUAGAGAUGGCUGGAGAGGAACUUGUCAAUGAGGUGGCUCAAGUCGGCAGCGCAAUAUCUGAGGUAGGCAAUAACAGCAGUGAUAUAGCAUCAGCUAUGAUCACAGGGGACGGUCAUUCGGACAGCCGUCAUUCUCAGACCCAUUAUCAACUGCCCUCAGUCGUUCCUGGAUCCCAUCCAAGCCCGGUGGUAGAGGGCGUCGCGCCCGUUAUUAACACUAUGAAUACCUCAGUAGCUUCAAUGGUUCAUGAGACAGGCACAAGUGCUCUUCAAGACCACGUAUCCACGAUGGUCCAGUCAGUAGAUUCAGGCCCAAUACAAGUCGGUGCCGAGGAGACGACAGGAAUUGGCAACAAUCAUGUAAAGGCCGCCAUGGGUGGUCCUGUCACAGUGAACUCGGUCGUUAUGUCGGUGCUUCAAAAGAAGCUUACCCAGGCAGAUCAGACGCCUAUAGCGACGUCCGGUGCAAGAGGGGUGCGGCGUCAGGACGGUCCAGUCCAUCAAUGCAACGAGUGCGGCGCCUCGUUUAAUUCAAUGUUCCAUUUACGCCGGCAUCAGCAAACACACACAGGAGCAAGGCCGUUCGCUUGUCCUAUUUGUAACCUCUGUUUUCGACACAAAACUUCACUGACAGUACAUAUACGAAGACAUACUGGCGAAAUGCCAUUCCAUUGCCCUGUGUGCGAUAAACGAUUCCGUGAUCCGGCUAACUUCAAGGUGCACGUACGUUCACAUACCGAUCAAAAAAACUACGAAUGCAAGCUGUGCAAUAAGAGAUUCAACUCGGCUUCGACUCUAUACGCGCACAACAAAACACACGAAAACGUCAAGCCAUAUACAUGUGUCGAUUGCAAAAAGUCAUUCCGAUUUAAUACUACUUUGGUUCGUCAUAUUCGCACUCAUACCGGUGAGAAGCCCUAUUCGUGUGAUCGCUGUAGUUUAUGCUUUGCGACAGCAUCGAAUCUCGCGGCUCACCGACGUCGCCAUGACAAUGCGGACAGAGCAGGAAAAAAAGGUGCGCAAGGAAAGAGUCCCACCCCAACACACAAGUGCGCCGAGUGCGGUCAGAGCUUUCACACAAAGCCCGGCUUAAAAGUACACAUAAGACAACAGCACGAGCAGUCGCGACAGCAUGAGGCUUCAGCUGUAGCUUCUCCAUUAGAAAGUAACCAGCUCGCCGUAACUUCUGCUAUUGCGAACACGACUACGGUGCCGGGAACGGUGCCUACGAUGACCUCGCCUACAACGACGGCUACAAUAGCACCUGUAACGACGACUAUAGCUCCUGCAACGGUUGAUGGUGUCAGUUGGGAGCCGGAAGGAGAGAAUGCGAUAGAGGGGAUCGUUCUGCAAUGUUCCAUUUGUUCCGAGGUAUACUUCAACGAGAAACAGCUAACGGAUCACAUGGUCGCUAGUCACACAAAUACUCGAUACAAUCGACGAAGCUGGAGAGUUUCCGAUGCUAGUUGGGAAUCGUCGAGAUCUAAGCCCAGAACUUUGGUGCCAAAUACGUAUAUCGCCGUGAGAGAGGUCGCACAGGAGCGGCAACAACUACAGAACGUGCAGGAAUCGCGACACGAAUUCUGCCGUCAGCAAGAGAUAGUCGGCUUUUUUCAAGGUGUUGAGAAAUCUGGUGGGGACGACCGAGCUGAAUUUUACACUUGUGAUACAUGCGGAAAGAAAUUCGACAGCGCUGAUGUAUAUAAAGCGCACAUGCGAACGCACAAUAUCUCAAAAGGCAUCCGGGUCGUCUAUACCAUGCGAUCUGUGUCCUAACAUGUAUAUUAUAGAAUAAAUAUAAAGAAAUAGAAGAAUCUACACUCAAAUGACAAAAUGAAACGUUAAGCGAAACAGUACCUCCCUUUUCCUGUCCUCAUAGUCGUAAAAUUGCUGAAGCUAUCCACGAGCCUAUGUUUCGUAUAAGGUGCAAAAGGACAGCACCUAGAAUGCCUUAUUGCAUUAUGGCUAUUGUUUAUACGUGAAGUAACAAACACAUUCGUUGCAAUGGUCGCUCGGAUCAAUAACGUGAUCAGAUACUGUAAAAUAUGCAUUUUAGGUAAUGGCGGUGAACUUGAAGAAAUAAAUGCGUACGAAUUUUUAGCGAUUUCCGUUGUGUUAUUCGUUGUAUGGCUUUGAGAGCUAUCGACGCACUGAUCGAUUAAUGAUUAUCAAUUACUGGUUCCAGUUUAGAUUUGUAUUUGUGUAUAUAUAAAAAUAACGACUGGACGAACAUCUGGACCCGUAGCAAUUAGCAACAGAGUAUGGCUGAAAUGUCUAUUAAUUGCGAAUUCAUAAUAAAGCGAUUUAGAAACAGGCGGGCUAGCAUGCCCUCCCCCCUGCAUAUAUAAUACAUUUUUAAUAAAUAAUAUUGUAAUCACAGUUAAUAAUAAAGCUCAUUAUAAAAAUAAAACUGUUUAAGGUAGCGCAUUAGUAACAAACCUAUGCUGACGUAAUCUAUUGGUCUAGACGAUUAAGGUCAUUUAUUUUGUGUGGAUUAUAUUGUACGAAUAAUUCGUUCCUACUAUUUCGUCUCGUAACGUUAUACGAUUGGGAAAUGGAAAGACGAUUAUAUAUAUA